UGGCCGCUGUAGUAUCGGCGACUCCGGGUCAAGGCCCAGCGGAGGGGAGUACCAUGGGCAGCACCGGGAAUAGGGCAGAGACAGCUUUGUGUCAGUUCUGCUGCUGAAUCCCUAGGACUCGUCGUUAGAGACUUGCAGGACUGUUCUCUCCAUUGUAACUGGGAGGGGAGUUUGCUGGGACUGGUGGGCUGGUCCCUACCCUGGGGGGCGGAUCACCGGCGUGGCCGCCCUUGGGAAACCCGCGCCCAGGGAACGCACAGGUUCGCCCUGGCUUUCCUCCUUUCCAGCUGCUACCCGGGACGCUGUGGGGUGAGAGGGCCGUUGUGCCGCCGUCAUUGCGACAAUUGAACAACUCGCUCAAUUUUCCUCUCUCUGAACGCACAAGAACCCAAUAACUGGCAUCCAAGAGCCCGCGGGGCCGGAGCCUAAGGUUGCUCCAAGUUUUCUGUGGUGCUAGUAUCCGCAAAGGGGGGCUGUUUCCAGGUGCGGUCAAGAGCAACGUGCUUCGUGAACACAUCUGCUUGUGGGGAGGCUGAGAGCACUGGAAGUCCACUCACCAUCCUAGACCCACCUUGAGCACCUGGUGCCGGUGGGGGAUCGCAGGAGAGCACCAUGGAUGACUUCAUCUCCAUUAGUCUGCUGUCUCUGGCUAUGUUGGUAGGCUGUUACGUGGCUGGAAUCAUUCCUUUGGCUGUUAAUUUCUCAGAGGAGCGACUGAAGCUGGUGACUGUUUUGGGUGCUGGCCUUCUCUGUGGAACUGCACUGGCGGUCAUCGUACCUGAAGGAGUACAUGCACUUUAUGAGGAUAUUCUGGAGGGAAAACACCACCAAGCCAGUGAAACACAGAAUGUGAUUGCAUCAGACAAAGCAGAAAUAUCAGUGGUCCAUGAACAUGAGCACAGCCAUGAUCACAUGCAGCUGCAUGCCUACAUUGGCGUGUCUCUUGUACUAGGCUUCGUUUUCAUGCUGCUGGUGGAUCAGAUUGGCAGCUCCCAUGUGCAUUCUACUGAAGAUCCAGAAACAACAAGACCCAUCAGUUCCAAAAUCACUACCACGCUGGGCCUGGUCGUCCAUGCUGCAGCUGAUGGUGUAGCUUUGGGAGCAGCAGCUUCUACUUCACAGACCAGUGUCCAGUUAAUCGUUUUUGUGGCAAUAAUGCUACAUAAGGCACCAGCAGCAUUUGGGCUGGUUUCCUUCCUAAUGCAUGCUGGCCUGGAGCGGAAUCGAAUCAGAAAGCACUUGCUGGUUUUUGCUCUCGCAGCACCAGUUAUGUCCAUGGUGACAUACUUAGGACUGAGUAAGAGCAGUAAAGAAGCUCUUUCAGAGGUCAAUGCCACUGGAGUGGCCAUGCUUUUCUCUGCUGGGACAUUUCUUUAUGUUGCCACAGUACAUGUCCUCCCUGAGGUGGGCGGAAUGGGGCACAGCCACAAACCUGACAGCACUGGAGGGAGAGGCCUCAGCCGCCUGGAGGUGGCAGCUCUAGUUCUGGGUUGCCUCAUCCCACUCAUCCUGUCAGUAGGUCACCAGCAUUAAAUGUUCAAGUUCCGCCUCAGUCCAUGGCCGUUUGCCAUCCAGUGAGAACAGCAGACUCAUGACAGCUACUCACUUCCUCAGUGUCUUGUCUCACCUUGCCCAUCUCCACCUGUGUUCCCAGAGUCUGGAGGAGGUGAGAUUCAAUCCUGGAGUAACGGAAAAGCUUGUAGAGUAGGAACAACACAUUGUGAUCAUUAGGUAUAGACUGGUGUUGUCUUUUUAAAGGGCCUUUGGCAUACUGAGUUUUGAUGUUUCUCUUAACCCUAUUCUCAGGGAAGAUGGAAUUUAGUUUUAAGGAAAAGUGGAGAACUUCAUAUUCAAAAUGAAAUCGUAAUUAUGAAAAUACAGUGUUGUGUAAUUAAA